AUGGCAGCUGUGGCUGAAGGAGCUACUGCUUGGCCCAACCAAAAGGAUGAUUAUGAGCUUUUGGGCGUUAUAGGUGCGGGAGCAACAGCAGCAGUACAAGCUGCUAUAUGCAAGCCACGAAAUGAGAAGUGUGCUAUCAAACGUAUCAACUUAGAGAAAUGCAACACCACAGUGGAAGAACUAUUGAAAGAGAUUCGUGCCAUGAGUCAGUGUAAACAUGAGAAUGUUGUCUGCUACUAUACAUCUUUUGUUGUCAAAGAGGAAUUGUGGGUUGUCAUGAAGCUUUGCGGAGGAGGUUCAAUGCUGGACAUCAUCAAAAUGCGUAUGCGUGCCGGAUAUGGUAAAAACGGAGUGUUAGACGAAGCUUGCAUAGCUACGGUAAUGAAAGAAGUCCUUAAAGGGCUCGAGUACUUUCAUGCAAGUGGGCAGAUACACAGAGACAUUAAGGCUGGCAACAUUCUUAUUGGAGAUGACGGUUCUGUGUUUGUUGCUGAUUUUGGAGUAAGUGCCUGGCUGGCUACAGGGAAAGAUUUGACCAGAGAAUCUGUCAGACAUACCUUUGUGGGAACCCCUUGCUGGAUGGCGCCAGAGGUCAUGGAGCAGGUAACUGGUUAUGACUUCAAGGCUGAUAUUUGGAGCUUUGGAAUUACAGCCAUUGAGUUGGCAACAGGGACAGCACCCUACCACAAGUUUCCACCAAUGAAGGUUUUGAUGUUAACUCUGCAAAAUGACCCCCCAACACUUGAUACAAAUGCUGAGGAGAAAGAUCAGUACAAAGGAUACAGUAAAAUCUUCCGCAAGAUGAUCAACGAUUGUCUUAAAAAGGAGCCAGAAAAAAGGCCAACUGCCAAGCAACUUUUGAAACAUGAAUUUUUUAAGAAAGCAAAAGACAGAGCUUAUCUACAGAAGAAUUUACUCUCAGAAGGAACUGCUGUGAUGGGACAGAAGGUUAAAAGAGCUACAGGGUCUAGUGGGCGCCUGCACAAAUCAGAAGAUGGUGGUUGGGAGUGGUCAGAUGACGAUUUAGAUGCUCCAGACGAAAGUGCAGAGAAAGAGCAAUCAGUUGACCAGCUUGUCUCUCACUCUGCUAAUGAAGAAGAUGGUGAUACUCAUGAUGAUGAGGAGAAAGAAGAAAACAGUGUUGAAGAAGAACCAGCCAUAACUGUGGAGCAUACACGUGUAGCACGUUCAGAAACAGUUGGUGAAUCUUCAGCUGAUGCUAAAGCCGAUGAUGGUAGUGAUAAACCCAGAAACAUGGUGUUGCGUUUGCGGAAUGAAAAGCGUGAGCUAAAUGACAUCCGGUUUGAUUUUAAAGUUGGACAAGACACUUCAGACAGUGUGUCCAGAGAGCUUGUGGAAGCUGGAUUAGUUGACGGCAGAGAUAUGAUUGUUGUUGCUGCCAAUUUGCAGAAGAUGAUUGACAAAGCAGAUAUGACAAAUAUUACAUUUGCUUUGAAUUCAGGUUGUGGCCCCAACGAAGCCCCAGAUGACAAGGCGUUGAUAGGAUUUGCACAGUUGACUAUAACUGAAUUGUUGUAG